UCUAGCGUUACAAUGGCGUUUUCUAGCAAAUUCGGAAGCCUUAUGUGGCAAAACGGGCAAACACCGAUGAUAUCAUCAAUGCUCAACUCUCUUCGUUGCAUGUCAACUUCAGGCAAAAGGCUCUUCAUUGGAGGUCUUCCAUAUGGAACUGAUGACCAAACUCUCAAGGAAGCAUUUUCCGGAUUCGGUGAUGUUACUGAAGCUCGGGUUGUCAUUGAUAGAGAGAGCGGGAGGUCUAGGGGCUUUGGUUUUGUUAACUUUGCUAAUGAUGAAGCUGCCAACAAUGCCUUGUCAGGCAUGGAUGGACAAGAACUCCAAGGGAGAACUAUUCGUGUAAGUUAUGCUACUGAAAGACCUAGUGGCCCUCGUUCUUUUGGUGGCAACAGCGGUGGAUUCCGUGGUGAUAGAGGUGGAUUUUGAGGGGAGUCGGGUUUCUAGGCUCUCGUAUCAGAACCUGUCCAAGGACGUGCUUCUGCAGCUAGUAGUUGUUUAGAUUAAAGGAUGUGUUUAUUUAUUUUCAAGGAUUGUUGAACUUAUGUUAUUACUUUAUGCUACAAGGUCAAAUUUUGUCCAUUGUUCGUCAUUACCUAAUACAAAAUCUAUGUUGGCAAGGUGAGCUUUGCAUUCUAGU